ACGCGCCUCUCCUGAGCAGCCCCCUCAAGAAGAGCUUUUUAUGGAACGAAACCUUUGCAUUUUUGAAAGGGAGAAUAAUCUGCAAAAUACCAAAGAAGUGGAUAACAAACGCACGGCCGGGUGUUUUGUGCAUUUUCUCUUGCGUUUUCUCCCCUUGUGUCUGAAUGAAACAGGGAGGUAAAUGUAAGGGGAAGAGGGACGGUGCAGGUUCUGAACUGGGAGUCGAUCUGUCAGUGAUUUUGGGUAAACACGUUUCCAGUGAGCCUGUUUUAACUUUUUUUCUCCUGAAACUGGUGAGCUCCACUCUCCUCUUUCACUUCGAGUUCGCUUUUCUCGUAAAGGGGAAACUUUCGUGUUUCCCUCUCCUUCAGAGAAACUGCUUAAACUUUCUAUGUUUAAAAAAAUAAAUGAAAAGAUCGGAUUGCAUUUUCCCCCUUCAAACAUUCUGGAGGUGAUGUCAUCGUGCUGUGUUUUGGCUGGUAUUGUGUAGAAAGCGCUGGGAGGACUCCUGCAGCCAGUAACCAGCGUCUGAAGCAAGCUUGGAAGUCCGGAAAAUCAGGUGCAAAGUGCGGCUGUCAUUUCCUCGCUGUGUCGCGGGUGGCUGAGUCCGCCACCCAGUCACAGCUGUUCCCAUCCUCUCAAGCCACCCCGCCCUCCAUCGUCUUUCUUUCCCUUUUAUUAUUCCCUCCCAUUUUCAUUCAGCACUCUCGAUAAACUGAGCUGGACCGCUCCGGGGCCUUAUCACCCUCCCUGUCUGACACUGUUGUUGGGUGUCACCUGAGCCACAGACCCGUUGAGCCAGCGUGGGGACGCAGUCAUGACCGAGGCAGCCCUGCAUUACCCUGCGCCCGCAGAGCCCCCUUCUCCAGCUCGCCGUUUGCUCCAUCAGCUAGCCCAGGUAGUCCACCUCCAACAGCUCCUCGCCCUGCUCUGCUGGGAAUAAAACUGACUCCGACUCCAAAGCAUUUGUAUUAGCUCACCAACUGCAUAAUUCAUGUUGGUGAUUAGAAGUUUGCUUUUGCACUGAAACGUUACGCAUUGGAUUACGCAGACGAUUACGCAUGCAGCGCAUUUGUCCACAGGACCGAGCAUCACUCUGAGGGUCAACGAGAUCGAUUGGAGUUGGUUAUCUGUCAAGCGUGAGCGCGCUUUCACCUGUUCCUCUCCUUGUCGGGAACGCGCAGCCGUUUAAAGCCCUAACCUUCCCCCUUUGCUCCCCCGCCCAUCCGUCUCUACGCCGUUCUGGACAGCUGUUAGAGGUUGCCCGGCGGUCACAGUGGCACAGUUACCCCUGCCUCACAUCCCAAAUUCCCCACGCCGGCACAUUUACUCACGCCGGGAGAACCGGGGCACGCCGCCGCCGAUGCCAACGGGAGUGUCUGCAGACUCUUUGACUCUACAUAACAUCCAGCGGAUUCAAAACACAGAGGGGAACUCUCCGGACUGUCGGACUGGCUCAGACCGAGCGAGGAGACUGUCUCUGGGACAAGUUCCAUAGUGGAGGGGGGAAGCAAUGUGGUCCCUUCUCUCCACGCUGACCGUCUUAUGUAUCCAGAUGUUGCUGGUAAUGUGCAAUCCAUUGCAGCAGGUACUUGGUGUAGAUGGUGUCAACUUCAGUGUGCAUGUGGAGAACCAGACGCAGGUGCGAGACACCAUGAGUCGACGACACCACCGGGUCUACCAGCUCUACAGCCGCACCAGCGGCAAACAUGUCCAGGUGUUGGGACGUAGAAUCAGCGCUCGAGGAGAAGAUGGAGACAGAUUUGCCCAGCUCGUAGUGGAGGCUGAUACCUUUGGUAGCCAGGUGAGAAUCCGGGGCAAAGAAACCAAUUUCUACCUGUGCAUGAACCGCCGGGGCAAGCUGGUAGGAAAGAAGGCCAGUAAUCGAAGCGAGGACUGCGUCUUUGUGGAAAAGGUUCUCGAAAACCACUACACAGCUCUGAUGUCAGCGCGCUACACAGGCUGGUAUGUGGGCUUCACUAAAAGAGGUCGUCCUCGCCGUGGCCCCAACACACUCCCAAACCAGCAGGACGUACACUUCAUGAAGCGCUUCCCACCAGGGGAGCAGCCUGACCUCACCACCCCCUUCCGCUUCACCACCAUCAGCAAGCGGGGAAAGCGGGUGCGUGCUACCGGGCCCCGCUAGUAGUGGCUAACACUAGCACCCACUGUCCUGUCAUCCAAAGCCUUGACCUGAGCCUGCCAAUGGCUAACCCAGUCCUCUCCUCUGUCGCACAAGACUGAACACCUCCAUUUGUUGGGACAAACCUUGACCAGGCAUUGAUUAAUCAUUCAUGGGGCUUAGCUUUACACCUACUAAUCGGCCACUACAGCCCCCUAGUAAGUGAUCAUUUCUCUCAAUUUAAGAUCCCAAACUGGACCGACUGGACCAUAACUGGUACAACGCCGGAAGCUCUAAGGACCUGGUCUGCUCCCUUUCAUUGGCCAGAAAUACUGACAAAGAACAUGAAGGCCACCAAAGUCCCAGGCUCUACGAAGGCCUUUCCUCCACAACCCCAAAAACAAGGCCUUCAUGUCUCCUGUUCUGGACAAACUGGACAAUGCAAAUUUGGGAUUACAACUGGACCAUACAGAGAGAAAACAAGGCUGGGAAGGCUGACUCAACAAGAGAGUGGGUGCUAGUCCUACGGAUAAAGGGAAAACAGGAAGGAGAGGAAAGGAAAGCAGACAAAGGGAUUGAGUGAUCUGCACAGAUCAAAUGGACCAAAAAAGGACUGUUGACAUGUGACGCACUUAUUUGUCUCACUGCUAAAUUGGUGUGAACCUGUGAGACUGUUGGAUGAAUGGAUGACACAAGGAUGAAAGAGUGAAUGAUUGAAUGAAUGACUUAGUGAAUAAGCGCAUGUUUGUAAGAACAAGAAGUUGUAUGAGUGUUUGUGUGUGUGUGUGUGUGUGUGUGUGUGUGUGUGUGUGUGUGUGUGUGUGUGUGUGUGUGUGUGUGUGUGUGUGUGUGUGUGUGUGUGUGUGUGUGAGCAAGUGUACCAACAACCAUGAGUGAAGCUGGAUCACGAGGGACUCUCCAGCCCCUGCAUGAACCCAAGACAACUCACCGCGGGGACUGAAGCUUUAAGAACUGGAAUGUAUAAAAACCAAGCUGCACCAAAAACAGCCAGCCAAACACAUAAAAACCAAACCAACCACCGACCAAAGACAACUGGAGAUCUUCUUCAUGACUCCUCCACACACCCUGCCCCCCCGAGGACACUACACCCUCAGCUUAUAGGUGCAGAGGAUGACGAGCGCGGUGGGGGCACUGUGCGGAGGGUGCCUUGUCUAUUAGCAUUGCUAUAGAAACGACCCAGGGGAUGAUGCUCCUGUGCGAUACCGUGGAUACAGAAUGCUGCUACCAGGACAUUCAGUGGAACAAACCAAAGUCUCAUGCAUACAAACAGGAGAAAAAUAUUAAAGGGAACAAUUUAUUGAAAGUUAUAUAUAUUAUAUAUAUAAAAGAAGACAGAAACCCUAAAUAAGCAAUCUUACUAUGAUGGUUAUUAUAAUUAUUACGAUAAAAUUAUUUCAUUUAUUUAUUUCAGCUCUGUGUGCAGCAGUCUUUCUCGACUCAGUAAACCUUACAGAAACAUUUCCUGUGUGUCUCAGCCUCUUUCAAAUGCUUCCUCUCAUGUUCUAUUUUCUCAAAAUGAUUAUACUUUGGAAGAGAAUCACGCCCAUCAAUGAUCUGGAUGUGGUUUUAAUGUUCAAUUAGUUGAUAAGCGAAAAAUGAUUGCCAAAUUAUUUCAGAAAUUGUUUAAGUCAUGAAUCAUGCAAAAGGGCCAAACAAAUGUUUAUUCUAGCUUCUUGGAUAUGAAGGUUAAAUGGGUUAUUCUGUGUCAUCAUCUCUGGGUUUUAAACUGUUAAGUGAACAAAACAACUGAAAACAUUUCCCUGGGCUCAAAGAAAUAUUGAAAUGCAGUCGGGUUAAAGGAUAUAUUGAUAUGUACCAUGAUGGGUUAUACAUUUGUCAACUCUCAGAGAUAGUGCCAUACAGUUAUACCAAGAUAUACAUUAGUUUAAUAUAUCUGGUUGUACUGGACCGUUCUUGGUGAUAUUGCAGUCAGUAGGUAGGACUAAUUAACGCUAUUAUUGAGGUUGCAGGAUUUUUGCACCAAUGGCCCUACAUCUGUCCCCUAUCUAAUCAACAAAAACCAACAUUGCUCUUUUGUUCUUGUAUCCAUUAACAGCCAUCUUUAAUAAAGGGUCAAUUAAAUAGUAUAGUAGUUAAAUAGAAUGUGGUAAAUAGUUAUUUUACCAUUUACAAACAAUGAAUCUGUAAUGAUUAAUGUUUGUAAUUUAUAGUAAGAAAAUCAGUCUGUAUUUCUGAGAACCACUCAUCUUCCAAACUGGGAUAAGAUCCCAACUUCCUUACCAGAUUUCUAAUAGAGACAAGGUGCAAGGACGUCAGUUACACAGAAAAACAGAUUCUGUAGUUUUCAUAGUUCUCGUAAGUACAGGUUGAAGUAGUCACUGAAGGUCAAAACUCAGACAUUAGAUUGAAUUAAAAAAACAAUCUCAGAUGGAACAACCUCACUCGAACCCCUUCAAUAUGCUGAGUACCAACUGUUUUCUGCAAAAUCAACAGUGACCUCCACAUCAUAAAGUGUUGCCAUGUAUAUACAGCAUGAAGGAUCAGACAGAACAGUGGAAGGGAAACAUGCAGUAGUGAGAUAGAGUUUCAUAGCUGCUUCUCAUCUCAUCUCUCCAGCUCUUAUCCCCCAUCCCUCCCCUUCCUUCCCUAUCCUAGCAGGAGGUCACUGAAGAAAUGUCGCUGCCAAAUGACCCAAUCAUGCCGGCAGACACAAACAGCUGACUCAGGGGGAAAAAGGGCUGUACCAGAGGAUUCCUAUUGCA